CGCUGAGCGCAAGUCGUCCGCGUCGCUGGCCCACAUGGCUUUGCGGUUGGUGGCCGGCGGUGCCAUGACCACUCGCGACGCCGAGUCCAGGGGCCGCGCCGUGAGCACUUCCACCAAGGCUGAGUCUUUGAGGGCCUCGUCGACAACAGGUCGCAGGUCUCAGCCCCGGGCGGUUUCCGUGGCUGGCGGUCCUAAGGCGCUGAUGGCGAUGCGACGAUCGACCCCGGCACCCCCUGACCGAGCAGCAUCAAGAGCGCAAGCACUGGAAGCCUGGGACACGAUGAGAGGAAGCCCGCCGACUAACGGCUCGCGCCACGAGAGCUAUGGUCCCGUCGAGAUGGACGCCAUCAUGCCGCCAGAGACGCAGCCGCCCACUCUGACGCAUAUUUACAACAACUUCCCCAACAGCGAGUAUCUGACGGAUCGCUUCGGCUUCAUCUACGACCAGCGACGCAAGAGGCGACAGCGCGAGGCGGCCCAGAUGGCUCGGCACAUUCGCAAAGGCAGCCGCACCGAGAUGCUGCUCAACGGCCGCUCCGGCAUCUCGCCCAACUCGAUCGAGGACUCCCCCAGCCCCAAGUGGAGUGUGUCGAGCGAUGGGCGCCCGGAGAGUCCGAGCAGCCUCGAGGAACGGGGAGCAGAGGAGGGCAAGACCAAGAGGUGGCAGGAUUAUUUGAAGAUUGCAACGUUUCCGACGGAGCUCUUGAGCCACACCCCCAGCAUUGCCGCUCCGUCUCUCCAGGUGAUGGAGGGAGUUGAGGCAGAACCGGCCGUUGAGUCGCCAAAGCCUGCCAUUAUGUCAACACACUCCGGCCUGAUCCCAUCGGCGAGCACGACAACGGCUGUCGACAGCGAGACAACGCUCCCCUCUCCGGAGGGACCCAUAGUCCUGGCCAAGGAGGAUGCUGAGCCGGUCAAGCUCCUGCUCCAGCAGCUCAGCGAAGUGCAUGAUGCGCUGCAGCGCGAAAAGACGGUUCGAUGGAACGACUUCCUUCGCAAAGUUCGAGCUGAGCGUCGACGAGAGGGUGAGGCUGCGGUUGCCGCCGCCGCCGCCGCUGCCGAGGCCCGAUAUGAGCGUCCGGCCGUUAUCCUCCCUGAGACGCGCGUGGCCGAUGGCGAGAUGAUUGGCGUCUCUGGACUGGGCAACAAGGGCAAGGUUGGACGGGCCAAGUGGAACGAGUUCAAGAAUCUAGUGCUGGGCGGCAUCCCCGUUGCCUACCGCGCCAAGGUCUGGUCGGAGUGCUCUGGAGCAGCAGCACAGCGCGUACCGGGAUACUACGAUGACUUGGUGGCGCAGAGCGGCAAGGACGACGACCCCAUCGUUGUGAGCCAGAUCCAGAUGGACAUUCACCGCACGCUGACGGACAACAUCUUCUUCCGCAGAGGCCCUGGUGUGCAGAAGCUCAACGAGGUGCUCCUGGCGUACUCCCGACGCAACAAGGAUGUCGGGUACUGCCAGGGCAUGAACCUGAUAACAGCAAACCUGCUGCUUAUUAUGCCCUCGGCCGAGGAUGCCUUUUGGAUCCUCACGUCGAUCGUUGAGAACAUCCUACCCCACGGGUACUACGACCACUCACUGCUCGCCUCGCGUGCGGACCAGCAGGUGCUCCGCCAGUACGUGUCGUCAAUUCUCCCGAAGCUGUCGGCGCACCUGGACUCGCUGUCGAUUGAGCUCGAGGCGUUGACCUUUCAGUGGUUCCUGUCCGUCUUUACCGACUGCUUGAGCGCCGAGGCCCUGUUCCGCGUGUGGGAUGUUGUCCUCUGCACCAACGACGGCAGCACGUUCUUGUUCCAGGUUGCCCUGGCCCUGCUGAAGCUCAACGAGGGAAACCUGCUGCAGUGCAACACCCCGGCCGGAGUAUACACGUACAUCAGUCACCAAAUGACAGAGCACGCCAUCAGCAUCGACGGUUUGAUGCAGGCUAGUGAAGGACUGCGAAGGGUAGUCCGUCGGGAGGAUGUGGAACAACUACGGGAGAAGGCGAUUCAGGCUGAAAAGGAUAUGGUGGCUGCGCGAGAUGGCGAUUCGACUAGAAGCAAGAAGGACGAGAGCACGGCUGUGCCACAGCCGGAGGAAUGACAUUGAGAAGAGUAACAGAGAUGGGUUGGACACUUCAUUUGGACAGCAGGAGUUUGCAUCACAGGCCAUGAUACCCCCCCAUUGGAGACGCUGAAACAGCCGCCAGGGGAGUCAGCAUUGCGGCGUUCAUUUACCAAAUGAUUUUUUUCUAUAGCGGUUCGGUGUGGUAUGGCAUGGAUUGGUUGGCACGGAUUGGUUGAUUUGACAAAGCACUGCGAUAUCCCCGUCAGACAGACACGCAAAGACUAUCUUUAGAUCAGGAUUAUAGAAGCACGGUAUACAAUGACAUGGCAA